AUGUCUCACCUCCAUCGUAAAAACACACCGUCUGAAACCACCCAGACGCAAAACAUGAGUUAUAUUGACACCAGAGUAUCCGUUGAAACACGAGACACAUUCCAGGUACGCGCCAGAGAAGAUGUCUUGCUUAAGGGUGGCGUGGCGGACGAACUUAGCAGCAUCAGCAUCAUCAGCAUCAUCAGCAUCAUCAGCAUCAUCAGCAUCAUCGGCAUCAUCAGCAUCAUCGGCAUCAUCGGCAUCAUCUUGGCAUCAUCUCUGGCUAGUCUUUAG